UUAUGAUCGACCCAAAUGCAUAGAACUAAAACCUAUAGGCUCAACUUAUGCUGCAGAAGCCAUAAAUAUAAUCAAGAAAGAUUACACAGUUGAAGAAAAUGCCAAGCUGCAUUGUUUUGCAAACUGUGAAGUUAAGUGAUAUAACCAAAGCUAAUCAUGUUGGUUUCUCCUUUGCAAUUUUGUAUCUUAUGAUUAAAUCUUGUGUAUAAAUUCUGAUCAAGUAACUACUUCAAAACCCCACAAAUCUCACAACUAAAAUAAAUAAACAAAGACCCUUAUUUCGAGAAUGGCAGAAAAGGAAGGAGCACUAGUGAAGCAAGGCCACGAAGAAGGGCUAAAACUCGCCACAUCCCUACUCGAAGAGUUCGAGCUGCCAGGUGGCCUUCUCCCACUGGCUGAUGUGGUCGAAGUAGGGUUCGUGAGGAGCAGCGGGUACAUGUGGAUCCAGCAGAAGGCGAAGGUGGAGCACAACUUCAAGAUGAUAAGUAAGCUCGUGAGCUAUGACACGGACAUAACGGGCUACGUGGAGAAGAAGCGAAUCAAGAAGCUCAAGGGAGUUAAGGCCAAGGAGCUGAUUCUAUGGCCUCCUGUCGGUCAGAUAACCGUUGAUGAUCCGCCCACCGGAAAGAUUCACUUCAAGAGCCUAGCUGGAAUCACCAAGACUUUCCCGGUCGAGGCAUUUGCUCCGAGACAGUGAUGGAUCCAUCUUUGUUUAGCCAUCACAGAUUCUUGAUGGCCCUUUGUUUCUCAUCUUCAUUUGAAUACUUCCACCACUUCAAAUUUCCAGUGU